GAAGAAUUUUUUUUGCAGUUUUAAACAAAAAAUUUUUUUUUCGUCAAAUUAAAAAAAAAGACAUUUCAUAAUUUACGACACCCGGACGACUUUAGCACACACGACAUUUUAACGUCACUGAUAUUUUUACGACACUUGACACCACUCAUUUUUUUUUUACAACCAUUGAUAUUUUGGCUGCUUUUUAAACAAACAUAUACAUAACAUACAAGAACAAUCACAAUACAUCAAGAUGAUUUCAAAUUCACCAGAUCCCUUCCUUCAAGUUAGAUUGUUUAACUCACAAGUGAAGUCCACUAACUUUAAUUUGCAAUCCAUGGAAUUCAAAUGUCAUUCCACAACCAUAUGUGAUUACCAAAUGGAAAUGUUACAUCACUUACUUACAGUUGAAUCUAAGACAUUACCUUCAAUGACAUUGAUUGAACAACAACCAGAAAUUAAGUUAGGUAUGAGGCCGUUAUUAUUGGAUUUCCUUAUGGAAGUUAUUACCAUUUUAAAUUUAUCCAGAUCAACCUUCCCAUUGACGGUAAACUUAAUUGACAGAUAUUGUUCUACUCGUAUUGUUAAGAAACAACAUUACCAAUUGUUGGGGUUGACAUCACUUUGGAUUAGUUGUAAGAACUUGGAUUCAAAAUUUAAAAUUCCAACCUUGAAUGAUUUAAGAAAAAUUUGUGUUGAUAGCUAUUACAAAGAAUUAUUCAUUGAAAUGGAAAAACAUAUUUUGAAAUCUUUAGAAUGGAUGGUUAAUAGUCCAACCUUUGAUGCAUUUAUUGAUCUAUAUUUGAAUCUUUUGAUUUCCAACAAUAAUAAUCCAAGUGUUUGCGACAUUAUUAGAAAGUCAAUUCAUAAUAUUAAAUUGUUGUCAAACUACAUUGGAGAAUUGUUUCAAUUUUAUCCUAAUAUCUAUUUUGAUUACACUUCGUCCCAAAUUGCCUUGAUUGCAAUUUUGGCAAGUAUUAUGACUUUGAAGAUUCCUGUUAACUUAAUCAGUUUAUUAAAUUUCUAUAAUGACUUGUUGAAAACCGACGAGUAUAAAAGCAAUGCUUGUGGCGAUGAAGCUGAUAACUUUGAUGAAAUUCUUUCUAUAAAUUCAUUUCAAUCAUUAUUUACCAAGGGGUUCCUCAAAAAUUUAAUCAAGAUUAUUGAUAAUCCUCCAAAGAGUCUUGAAAUCAAGUACUUUUCAGAAAAAGGUAAAUAUACCCAAUUAAUGAAGUCUUUAGUACAAUGUGCUAUUGAUUCUUUAAUGACUUUGUUGGAUCCUCCAGUAACACCUAAAGUUGAAAUACCGGAAAUUAAACAACCAACUACAUUUGCAUUACCAUUAACUCCAGUUUCUAAUAGUACCAGUCCAAGAAGAUUCAAGCUGGAAAAGCCUGAUGAUGAGGGUACUACUGCAGAUGCCACUGCUGUAAAUGCGUCAGGAACAAUCACACCAGUUUCGUUGUCAUCUCCAAACAAAAAAAGAGGAUAUGAUUCUAUCGACGAAUUGGAAAUAGCUACAUCUACAAUUGAACAAUAUCAGAAGGUUGAACAUGAUGAAUUUAAAAAGUCAAAGGGGAUAUUCUUCAUUCCUCGUUGAGUUUUAAACAUCUUUUUGCAUAAACAUGGCGGUGAAUCUGGUGGAAGGAGCUUGGCUCAUUUAACUGGUUUUAUUUGGUUUUUGUCUUCUACACCAUAUCACUUCCUUCUUUAGGUAAUGCAUUUGCUUGGGCUAAAAUUUGGCUACUUUUUGAACAGAAAACAUUUGCUAGAGACGUCUGUUUAAUAUAUAUGCUAUUGUAUCCCUUGGUUUUUUUUUAUGAUGCCUAUAUUUAAUACAUUUUUUUGUUUGCUUGGUUUAUUCUUUUACUUACUCGUAUAUAUAUUAGCUUUUAGUUGACUUUUUUCCGUCAAUACAAACAUUUCCGUUAAAUAUUUGUACGUUAAGCUGUGUUUUUUUUUGAUCCAGUCAUGCAAGUGAUGUAUUGAUCUAUUGAGCAACACUGUACCCUUUCGGUGACUUCUUCACGAAUAAAAAAAAAGAACCCCUGAAUGAUCUAAGUUGUGAAAGCUAAACAAGGAUAUUGUUGACUUUACUACUAGUGUUUCUUCACUACUCCGGCUCUCUCAUGCAUCCCACUGUUUCCCACCCCUGCGUCUUUGGCUCUAGGCUUAGUCAAGUUCCUGCAAGAUCCUUGUUCUAGGGAGUGAAUCACUAGAUGUGCAUAAACUCAACGUGAUCAAAUUCAAAAAAAUUGAGCUUGUGAUAACUAGCUAUAAUUAGAGUUAAUUGAUAGGCUGUCCUCUUAAAAUUGCAGUUUUGGAAACUUCCAUGGAUUUGUCGCAAAAUGCAUCAAAAAAUCUCCCCAUAUA